AUGUCUUCCUACACCUACAUCGCUCGCGCCACAUUCAAGACCCCCUUCGGCAGACGCAUGGUUCCGGAAUCCAAGGACGGAGUCGUCCGAGACUAUAAUCUCUGGGAGGAUUGCGACGAGCAGGCUCGCGCAUCCAGGCAAGCGUUCAUCGCCCGUCAUCUCCGUCGUACCUCCCUCGCUGCUUCUUCAUCCCCCAGAUCUGGCGCGUCCGACGCGUCCGACGCCGACCCUGCCGACACAGUGACCGAGAGGGCCUCCCGCGGGCAGAGUGGCUCUCUGGCCCGCGGCGUGGACCGCCCUCAAGGUGAGGGGGCGCACGACGGUGCGGAGCUCGCUCGCCUGGCGGCCGCUAGGCUGGCGGUCGCGCGGCUGAGCCUGCACCCACCGGCGCGGCGUCCCAUUCGGUGCCCGGUGAGUAUGGCCUUCGUGGCCGAAGAGGCGGCCCGGGCACAGCGCAAGGCGGCAGAAGAGGCGGACCGGAAGCAGCGCACGGCGGCGGGGCAUGUGAUGAGUCGGGAGGAAGAGGACGAGCUGUGCGCGAUGCUGGAGCGCCUCACGCUCGAGGGCGACGAAGAUGAGGCCACAGCUGGCGCUGGCGCUGUAGAGGUGGUGAGCAAGGCGACGCCGAUGCCCAGUGCGGCGACGACGGCCAUGGACCUCCCUCCGCCCCACUGGGCGCGCGGGCGCAAGGUGUCGCGGCCUCCGAUGCACCUCCAGCGGCUGUCCGACAAGCGACGGGCCCACGUCCGGCGCGUGGUGCUUGCUCUCCUCCAUCCCGAAGAGCAGACGAGGCGUGCGGCCGAGGUGGAGGUGGCGGCACUGGUCGGGCUCUCGAGCAAAGGGCAGGCGCGGCCGGGUGUGCAGGUGCGGGUGGCUCCCGUCCCUGUGCGCAAGGUCGUGUCUAUCUCUACGCGUCGGGGUCAGGUCGGUGUCGGGCGGGCAUGA